AUGACGAAUGCCCCGCCCAGUGCCAAUCAAAUGUAUGCUCAGCCAGUAUUCUUUCAACUGGACCCAGCUUGGUACACCCAGAUGGCCCAGACCGCACCCUCCAGACCCCGCCUUCCAUCAGACGAUGUAUUUUUCCCAGAAGGAGCCGUAACCUACGACGCUCCAGUUUACAGUUACUUCUUAACCAAUCCGGAGCCACGCCCAUACCACGUGACUAACCUUGGCCCUGCUGUUUCCAAGAAAAAAAAACCGCACCAGGACACCCGAUUAUUCCAGGAGCGGAAUCAAAAUUGUCAACCGAGGGGUUACUCGAGUUCUGCGGGAUCGGUAACCACCGGGUAUGACACCUCACCAGAGUCGGGUGUCAGAUCCAAACGAGCAGCUCGCAGUAUUGACAGUUUAUCCAUAUCCAGCCACUCUUCCUCAUCUAGCAACUCUAACAGUUCAUCGCCGACCUCCCAUCGCCACGACGAUUCGUUACUUUACUCCCUGUUCCCAACGUCAAUGAAUGAAGAUUCCACAGAAUCCACAAGAACGACGCCCUUGAAGACUUCAAGUCCUAUUGGCAACGAGAACACUUCUCAGCCACAUCUAGACUACAGAAACGCGAGGAAACGAAGAGGGCGGUAUAUCACAAGUUCAAGUUCCGAGAAGUGUAUACGAUUCAGCGAAAAUGGCAUUACUGACGAUCUUGACGAAUGCGACAAAAUCCUCAUCAGAACCAGGGAAAAUAAAACGGAAGAUGACGCAGCCAGAAAAAGGGAGGAAUUUUUGCUAAUUCUUGAAGCAGAACGUGAAAGACAACGAAAACUGGUCUUGCCCAAACGGGCUCCAAAAAUGAACUGUAAAUUCUGCAGGAACAACGGAGAGAGUGAAGAAGUGUAUACCAAACAUAAACUACACUGCAACGAGAAGACUGUCUGUCCCAUUCUGAGGCAUUAUGUUUGUAAAUUAUGUAACAGCACGGGAGACUUCGCUCAUACAAUCCGCCAUUGUCCAUUCAACGACAGAAAAGAUAAAAUUGCGUGGAAAGCCACUUUUCUUUUUGAAUCAGCAGGUUAG